GACCUAUAGACCAGAUCUUGGACCAAAUUAAGGACUCGGGGCUAAGACAAAAGACUGUAAAAAAUAGCCCGUGAGAGCAGAAACUUUUGGUCGAAGAAACACACUUCACAGGGAUCUAGGCCAGGCAUUGACAGAGCACAAUUUCCAAUGACAAAUUGGCAGCUGAUCAGAAAAUACCAGAAAACGGAAUUAAUUGCUUAACCCUUGGGCAAAAUAUAAAAGCUUUUUUUUCCCUUCAAACCAGUCAGUAAAAGGAAAAAUCCAACUGCAAAAAACACUUUACACUUCUGCAGAGUGCACACUGAAUGUUGACCACAUGACAACAAAGCAAUUAACCAUGACAACAACAUAGUUCAAUCACCAAGGCAACAGUCUCUCACCAUGGCAACAAAGGCUCAGCUUCAGCAGGGGAACAAUCUGCGGGAUUUCACACAGAAAGAUGAGCUCAGUGACGUCACCCUGAUUGUCCAGGGAGAGCCACUAUAUGUACACAAGGUUUACCUGGCGGAGUGGUCCCCCGUAUGGAGAGCCAUGUUUGUUGCAAACUUUCGAGAAAAAUCAGCCCAAGAGAUCGAGCUUCCAGGAAAAGAACUGGAGCAGAUGGUUGAACUGUUACAUUGUAUAUAUCCCAGUCAGCAAGCAAUCAAUGAGGAAAAUGUCCACUUUCUACUGGAACUGGCAGAGGAGUACCAGAUCGAAAAAAUCAAGCAACGCUGUGAAGUCUUCCUCCUGUCUGGGAACACUGAUUUGGAAAGCCUCCUUCUUGCUCAAAGAUACUGCCUCGAUAAGCUGUACACAAAGUGCAUAGAGGGAGCCACCAGGCUUACCCUCGAAGACUUGGAAAAAUGUGAUGAAUUUCAACAACUAGAACCAAGAACUCUGAACACGAUAUACAAAUCUAAAAUCAACACCAUGAGAGACUAUGCCAGUUACAUCAAGGAAAAAGAAGUGGCAAUGGAAAAGGAAUGUAAUAAAGUUUCCAGGGAGAGAGACAGGAUUCAGUCAAAGUUACAGACCGUGAAAAUGCUUUGGGAAACCCCUAGCAAGCGUUGCUAUAGACACAUGGGAAACACGGCCAUGUUUGAUUUUUCCUGUAGGGAAUGUAAUGAAAAGGUUUACCGAGAGAUUAAAAAGUUGUGCAGUGAACUACCGAAUAACAGAAUUAACUAAA